AUGUCUGGGUUUCCAUGGUGUACCUUUGACUUGCAAGUGUCAUAUGAUACACCUUGGAACUCGGAGAUGUCUACGAUCCUCUUGGCUCAUUGGGUCAAGGCUUAUGAAGCACACAGCGCGAGAGAAUUUGACAUUCUGGUGCCGGAGAAUACUGCAGCAAAUUGUGAAGAAGUCCUUUGCUGCUGGUGUGGUAAUGAAGCUCCGAAAUCAAAAGACAUUUCCAAAGGAAAAAGGACGGCAAAACAACCCGUCGACCGGGGUGUAUACACUCCUAAUCCUGACAAGGAUUGCUUCCCUCCAAAAAAGUUUCAGCUGUUGCUGGUUUGUCCAAAAUGGUAUGAUCAACAAGAAGGAUUGAUUUUAUCAGAGUUGGACUUGAAUGAGAAGAGCCCUGUUGACAUACGGAAUGCAAUCGAGAACGCCAAAAUUACAUUCAAGUCUCUAGCAACCCUUGCAGCAGACCAGAACAUGCCGAGUGGCUCAAGUGGUAUGAAUACUGCCUGA